AUGAAUUUCGCCCUAAAAUCAAUAAUUUCCCAACUGGCCACGCCCAUCAAUUUAGAGGCGGAGUCAAUGUGUGGAUGGUUGAUUUAUAAGCAAGGAGGACCUCAACGUCAUCAGAAAUUCUUCGGAUUCUGGCGUCAAAUGUCUCGAAAUGUGUCAAAAUUCAACGAAAUGAGUCUAGUGAAACGACUGAAUUCGGUGCUGAAAAAAGCUGAAAAUUCUGGAAAUUCAAUGUAUAAAAUUGAGGCGUCCGCGCUGAAAUUCGUGGCGUCAGAAUGGCUGAAACGACUAUUUCUACUCGAAAAAAUCGCUAAAGGUGCGAAAAAAUGCGCUGAAAAUGCGCUUGGACAGCUGGAAAUCGCGCAAUGGAUCAAUCUGUCACUUGUGAUUUUUGCAGUUUCAGCACAAAUCUAUUCGGAUGUAUUAAAGCAGACUUUGGAAAUGGAAAGGACAUGGUGCCCAACGAUUUCAGCGAUUUUUAGAGAUAUUGAUGAGAGAUUUCCGAUGAAAUUGAGCGAUUUGGCGGUGGUGAAACGGAUGAAAUUGAUUUCUGAAAAUCGGAAAAAUCUGGCUGGAAAUUGCGAAAUUAUGAGACUUUUGAAGUUUUCCACGGAGAAAAUCGAGGAAGCACACGUCGAGAACGAGUUGAGACAGAAAACGUGA